AAACCUUAUCCUAUCUCUGGUGCCAUGGCUAUCAUGGAUCAUAUAAAGUCCUUCGGCUGUACCAGUCAGACCAUUUCAGUGUGUGCAUACUUCCACACUCGCUUCCCUACUUAUGCCUCUGCAAUUCCCCACUUUCCUAUACAAUCAAAAUUGAAACUUGCCCCAGUUUUGCAUUCUCCGUUUGCAUAGGAAACCCAGGUUAUUUAGCCUCCUGCAGCAUACUAAUUCUUAUACCAGGAAGAAACAAACAAAAUAUCACUCGUUCUUCUUGCUGGUUGGUACCCUUGCUCAUGGUCCAUGAGAACGUUUCCAGUCUAUAAUGAGCUAGUGACAGAUAUCUAAUUUCUAGUCACAAUGAAUUCAGAGAUAGCUUCUUCGUCUAUUCCUUCAUCCUCACUGAAAUGGACAUAUGAUGUCUUUCUAAGCUUCACUGGUAAAGACACCCGGAGGGGUUUUACGAACAACUUAUACAAUGAGUUGGUAGCUCAGGGUAUUAAAACUUUUAUGGAUGACCGUGAACUACAAAAAGGGAAAUCCAUUUCUCCAGAACUUAUUACUGCAAUUGAGGAAUCAAAUGUUGCACUCAUUGUCCUCUCACAAAAUUAUGCAUCUUCAACAUGGUGCUUAGAUGAACUUUUGAAGAUUCUUGAGUGCAUGGAAGCUAGGAACACAAUUUUGCCAAUAUUUUAUGAUGUCGAUCCCUGUGACGUGAGAAGACAAACCGGAACUUUUGCAGAAGCCUUCACCAAACACGAAAAAAGAUUUAAGAACGACACAGAGAAGGUGGAAAUGUGGAGAGCUGCUUUAACAAAAGUCUCAAACUGUUUUGUGCAGAAUUCAAAGGACUGCAGUUAUAAGGUGCAAAGGUGGAGAGCUGCUUUAACAAAAGUCUCAAACUUUUCUGGGUGGAGUUCAAAGGACUUCAGGUAUGACUCCGAGCUCAUCAAGAAGAUUGUUGAUGCAGUAAAGAUGCAAUCACACCCAACAUUGUUUUGUUCAAUGGAGGACCUAAUUGGGAUUGAUUCGAGAGUUGAAGAUGUUCAUUUACUUUUAGGUGAAGGGAUCUUUAUAGGGAUAUGGGGAAUGGGUGGAAUUGGCAAGACAACUAUUGCCAAAAAACUUUUUGAUCGAAUCUCUCGUGAAUUUGAUUGCAGCAGCUUUAUUUCAGAUGUUAGAAGCAAUGGUCUGGUUCAGUCACAAAAGGAACUUAUAUCUGAGAUGCUGGGGAGAGAGAUUGAUGUAUCAGAUGUGGAUGAAGGAGCCACAAUGAUAAUGAGAUUUGUACGUGACAAAAAGGUUCUUCUCGUUCUUGAUGAUGUUAACCAUUCAGACCAAAUAUACUAUUUGGCUGGAAAGGAAAACUGGUUUGGUGUUGGGAGUGUAAUUAUCAUUACAACUAGAGAUGCUCACCUGUUGGUUAAUCAUGGAGUGAUGAGAAGAUACGAGGUCCAGAGAUUAAAAACUGAUGAAGCACUUCAGCUUUUUUGCCAGAAUGCCUUUAAAAAGGGUUACCCUGUACAGAGCUACCGGGAUUUAUGUAACCAUGUUGUGAAUUAUGUCAAAGGUCUUCCUCUGGCUCUUAAAGUCUUGGGUAGAUUUUUAUAUGGAAGAGAUCGAAGUGCGUGGGAAAGUACUUUGGCUAAAUUGAGUGAAGUUUGUAAUGCAGAAAUUUUUGAGACACUUAAAAUAAGUUAUGAUGGUCUAGAUGAUGAUGAGAAGAAAAUGUUCCUAGACAUUGCAUGUUUUUACAUUCGAGUAAAAAUGCAUGAUUUGCUCCAAGAAAUGGGCCACGAAAUUGUUCGACGAGAAUCUCGUGAUGAGCCAGGCAAGCGUAGUAGGUUGUUCCUCAAAGAAGACGUAAUUCAAGUGCUCAGAAAAAAUAAGGGAACAACAACAGUGGAAGGCAUACUCUUAAACAAUAAUUAUGGGGAUGAUGCAUGCACAGAUUUGCACUUGCCUGGAAAAUCCUUUUCAGUGAUGAAGAAUUUGAGAAUACUGUUAUUGUGUGGUGCUCCUGUGCACCUUUCUGACGGCCUUGAGUAUCUUUCCAGUGAGUUACGACUUCUGGUGUGGUCGAGAUGUCCUCUAUCAUCUUUGGCAUCAGUUAUCAAGCUAGAGAACUUACAAGAACUUCAAAUGAGGCAUAGCCAAAUUGAAUUUAUGUGGGAGGGUAAACAGCCUUUAUACAGUUUGAAACGCAUCGACCUCGGCCACUCUUUGAAUCUUCUCAAGACCCCUGACUUCAGUGGUAGUCCAGAUCUUGAAUACUUGAAUCUUGAAGGUUGUAUACAGCUGUACGAGGUUGAUUCAUCCGUUGGAUCGCUUGAAAGACUUAUUAAAAUACGUUUGAAGGGUUGCAAAAACCUUAGGCUUCUUCCAAGUAGUGUAUCUGGCUUAAAAAAACUGAAAAUUCUUGAUAUAGUUGAUUGCUCGAAGCUUGAGAAAUUACCAGAAGACUUGGGCCAUUUAGAGAGUCUGGAAGCACUCUAUGUGAGUGGAACCGCCUUGAGAGAACUGCCUUCAUGCAUGGGUCUUCAAUAUCUGAAACAAUUAUUGUUUUAUAGUUGUAGAGGACCACCGGUUUCUAAGUUGCUGCCUUCCUUUGCUGGUUUACGUUCGGUAACAAAAUUAGAUCUCUCAUUCUGCAAUCUUUUGGAAGGAGCCAUCCCUAAUGAUCUGGGCUGUCUCUCCUCUUUAACAGAGUUACUUCUACAAGGUAACCAAUUUGUUAGCCUUCCUGAUAGCCUCAGUCAACUUUACAGGCUUCAACUUCUGCAUUUGUCCCAUUGCAAGAACCUUCAAAGAUUACCACAUCUUCCGUUUGGUGUUCAAGUGAAUGCGAGAAAUUGUGUUUCAUUGGAGACUCUGCCAGUACAUCUGUCACGGGCGUUUUUGCUAAAUUGUAUGAAACUAGUGAAGCAAGAGAGUAUGGCAUUCACAUCAAUGAAGCGACACCUUCAGGAAGUAUCUCAAUACCAUGAUGAAGAAGCAAGGGACACAUCAUUUAGGUUCGUUAUUCCUGGAAAUAAAAUGCCGGAGUGGUUCAAUUACCAAACUGUGGCCCCUUCGGUAAGUAUCGAUCUGAGUCCAGGUUGGUUUAAAACAGAGUUGAUUGGAUUUGCGUUCUGUGCUGUUUUUGCAGUACAUGCAAACCGCCAGUUGCCACCAAUGUUUUCAGAUAACCAUCAUCAUUACAUUAUUGUCACUAUGAAAGUAGAUGGACAAGAGUCUAGGUUUAUAGACUAUAAGUUUGAUCAUAUACGAGCUCUGUCAGAUCACCUUUGGUUUCGCUACAGCAAAUAUCUCUCUUCAUACUUUCGUCAUGUAGAGGCAACCGAUCAGUUGAAAAAAAUUGAAUUUUCGUUUCUCGUCAAGGGCCAAGGUUUGAUUGUAAAGAAAUUUGGGGUUCGUUUAGUAUAUGAACAAGAUGUCGCAGAGUUCAACCAAAGCAACGCUGACAUUUUUGAUGUGGCAGAGGUUAACGAAAGCGACACUGACAUUUUUUAUGACGCUUUGGAAUUUUUUCCUUGUGAUUCUGGUGAAGCAGCAGUUGUAUCACAUGCCAUUUCCAAGAGAGGACCUAGUGGAGGUGCGUUUUGUUUUUAUGAGGAACCUCAGCUAGAUCGUCUGGAUACAUUAAGGACUGGGCGGGUCCAGACUCCUCUCCCCUCUACAUACCUAAGAGAUCUAAUUAAGCUUUAUCCCAACCGAGGCCUUCUUCCACUUUCUCAUGGGAAGAGAAUGAUCUAGCAAAGUGGUUUGUGUGAUGAGGAACCUCAAGUUCAGAAAAGAUUAAGACGACACUAGUCCUGGUGAAAGCAAAUAUCUGCUGAAGGUGUUCUUGGUUUUCGAACUUGAAUUUCAUGGAUUAGCGUUCAUGGUUGCCAGAUCUUGUGUCAAUGUCUGACGGUUUCCCUCAUAUGUUAAAACAAUGUGUGCCACACUUCC